AACAUUUCAAUCUGGGACGUUCACGGGAUUAAUCUCCUUAUUUUGUCCGUUUUGUCAAGUGUGAGGAUAAAAACUUCCGGUUUUUAAAAUGACGGACCUUCCAGGUCUAUUAUGCUCCUUUUUCUUUAUUUUGUUGUAUUUUGAUGAUGUAAAAAGUAGUCUGCUGUCAGUUGAGGAAUGCAGGACAUUGGGAUUUGCACCAAGUUUGGUAUGUUCUCAGUGUAAAGAGUUGGACCAGUUUAAUCUGUCUCAGUUGACAGAAUCCUGUUCCAAUUGUUGUCAGAAGGAUGAAAGUGACAGUAAUACUUUAAAAGUUCAUCCAUAUGCAGAACUCCAUAUCUGUGGAUGAAAAUUGGGGCGGUACCCACAAGUGCAAGCAUUUGUGAAGAGUGACCGCCCAAAUCAGUUCCCUGGUUUAACAAUCCGUUACAUCAGAGGAGCAGAUCCCAUGAUAAAACUCUUAGAUGAGAGUAAAAAUGUUGUGGAGACGCUAGGUAUAGAAAAAUGGGACACAGAUACCGUAGAAGCUUUUUUUAAAGAAAGAUUAAAGGAUUAAUAUGUUAGCAUGAUGUGUAUUAAGGGUUGAAUGUGCGACAGUAUGAGAGAUGGUACGAAAAUUUAUAAUAGUUGAUGUAAUUUUUUUGUUAUUGUAUUGUUCAUUCCAAAUAUGUCAAAAAAUCAUUUGUAUCUUUCCAUUCUCAAUGUUAUUCAGCAUUUAUCUCUUUAUCACACUUGGAAAUAUUUUGUUUUAGAAUGCUUUAUUUACAAAAAUAAUGUAAAAAAUUAAAAAUUUAUAUUAGCUUAGAAUUAUUGAAAUCUCAUAAUCCUAUAUGGUUCUUUAUUUGUCAAAAGAGAUUUUGUGGCAUAAAUAAAUAUACUAAUUUACUUUCCACUGCAGAAUUUCAAGUUAACUUACCGGUACUCUAAAUUUGAAAAAUUCUCAAUAUCAGCAUUUAAUUUUUUUUUUGUUCCAAAUUGGUGAAUAAUCAUAAGGUUCUAAGAGUUUAUUUUGGAAGUAUACUCCUUAAAAGCAGUUGAGGUGUUUAAAUAUAGAAUAGCAACAGCCAAAAGAAAAAUGAUUGUUAUUAUUUCUGAGUGAAAGAUGAAUGAUAUAGAUUCUUCAUUUGGAUAUUUGUUCUAUAUAAUUAUUGCUAAUUUAUAAGUUACGCAGUGAAGUCAUCAUUUCUUUAAUUCAUUAGAAGUGCCUUCACAAUUUCAUGGUAUGGUUAUUGGAUAAUUUUUUUGUAUUUUUAUGUGUUAUGUUAACCUCUAGUAUGAAGGUCUAACAAUAAAGCCUUGUGGCAUGUUUGACUGGAGGGGAUAGAGGGAAUUAUGCAAUACAAAAAAAUAUGAAAUGUUUGUCUUUUGUCUAAUACUUGAGGCCAAAGUAUGAAAUAUAAUAAAAGUAUUUUAAUAAA